UGAAUUGCUGAUGGCUUGUGUACCAGGGCGGGCUUAUACGCUGCGACGCACAGUGUGUUCGGUCGGUCGGUACACUCGAUUGUGUGCGCAUCAUCGUCUCCGCUCCAGCCCCUGCAUCUCUCUCCUCCAUUCACACACAUAAUACUCUCGUGUCCUGCCCGUCAUCUCCAGCCUGCACAAUGACCUUCAGACCAGUUGAAUGGUGUGUGCUUGUUUCUUCCCGCUGUGGCUGUGCGUAUUGCUGCUGCCGCGGAGGGCAACGUUAACCUGUGCUGCAUUGACAUCACUGCGGACUGUUUUGGGUGACAGCACGUCCAUUCAUUCGAGUGUAUUGUUCCUGUGACAGCUGCUAUGGCGAAAACAGCCACAUCAUCCAGUGAAAUAGCAGGUGAAAAGAUGGCAUCACCGUCCAUCACUCUACUUCCUGACAAGAGAUCUCCGACAAACGGUCACAGCUCUCCAGCCCGAACUGGAAAAACUACUCCAUCUAACACAGAGAAGAAGCCACAAAUAAAUGGACACGCGUCGCCUUCACACAUCAAUAACAACCAUGCAGGUAAACAAAUUGUGGAGGGUUAUAUGAAGACAGACGACAGGAUGCGAUUAGCCAAAGAGAGACGUGAGGAGCGGGAGAAAAGCCUGGUGGCCAGGGACGGGCUGAUCAGGGAGAAGGAGCGCAGAGCUCGGCUGCAGUACGAACGCACAGUGGAGGAACGCUGGAGGCGGCUGGACGAGCAGAGGCAGAAAGAGGAGCUCCGCAGAGCUGCAGUGGAGGAGAAGAGGAGGCAGCAGCUCGAGGAGGACAGGGAGCGACUGGAGGCCCUGAUGAAACGCUCUCUGGAGCGCAGCCUUCAGCUGGAGCAGAGGACCAAACGCUGGAGCAGAGGCUGCCCAGCAGGAGCAGGUGACAGUGAGAAUGCCCCACUCCCUUUCUCUGCUGCCUCCGCCUUUUCCCAUGGCAUUGCCUCCCCCCUUCCUGCUGUCAGCGAAUCUGCGCCCUGCAGCCCUCACAGGUCACCUUUCCGCGGCUCCCUGAACCCCGCAGAUCACAACAGAGCUGGACUUCAAGGAGGCUCUCAGUCCACUCCCAAUACCCCCAAGAAAGAGCGGCUGCGCAGAGAGAGAAGAACUGCAUCUCCAGGUUGUGGAUCCCCUUUGAGAAGAUCCGAAUCCCCUGCGAAUGUCACCAGGCACUUGACUUCCCCUACUACCUCAAAGUUGGCAUCUAAAAUGCGUUCCCAUUCUCCGAGCAAUGCACAUCAGUACCAUUACUCUCCUACAAGACAACGUUCAAACCUGUCACCGGAUGAUAAGAAACCAGAAGACAAGACGCUGGAGAGACACGGAGAACAAUCCAAAGUGGCGAGAAAGAAUACCGACAUCAACAGCACGAAUCCAUCUUCACAAGAUGUGAAAAAUGUGGUCAACGCUGAAAUCACUAAAUCCAGACCAUCUCAAGGAGAAACCUUGGAUAAGCAUCUCAGAGCUGACACAUCUGAAAAAAACCAGUCCCCUGACAGAAAGGACCACAUGUCUCCCAAUGUGGAUUUCUCAGAGAAGAAGAUGCAAAGCAACGCUCAGGAUGGAGACAAGAAAAAAGAAUCAGCAUGUGCGUCCACGGGGAAAGUGGCAGCUGGCAUGACAAAUGCAGAGGAGGCUACCAGGCUGCUGGCAGAGCGAAGGCGUCAAGCGCGAGCUCAGAAAGAACUGGAAGAGAAAAAGCGGGAGGAAGAGGAACGAUACAGGGAAGAGCAGCUGAAGAAGCAACUCGCACAGGAGCGGCAACAGCAGGAGGCAAAGACUCAACAACUGAAGGAAAAGGAGAAACAUGAGGAAGAUCUUAACAAGCUGAAACAAGAAGAGGACAAACGAAAGAAGGAGGAGCAGGAGAAGGAGCACCAGAGCCAGAUGGACAAAGAGAAAGAAAAAGCCCAAGUCCAAGCUCAGGAGGAUGCAGAGCGACAGCGGCAAGACAGAGAACUGCAGGCGCAACAGGAAGAGGAGGAGAGGCAACUGAGAAAAAAGAGAAUCGAGGAGAUCAUGAAGAGAACUAGGAAGGGUGAAGCUGACUUGAAGAAGGAGGAGCAGGUGGAGACGAAGCCUGUCUCACCACCAGGUGAAGUGAAGACUGUUCAAACUAAUGCUCAGGUGAAUGAGCAAACAAUCAAAAAGGUUGAGUUUCAGGUUAAAGAGCAGGUCAGCACGAAGGAAAGUGUCCUGGGGAAGACAGAAGCAGCAGCACAGAUGGACAAUCAGAAGAGUUUGCAAGUUAAAAACAACACCCAUCAAGUGACACCAACACACAGUGUUCCUGACAAGAGACCGGACACCAAACAAACCAGUGAAGAGCAAGGCAGCCAACUGAACAGAGAGGCCAAAGCCUGCGUUCUCAAGCAGCAGGAGAGAGUGGUGGAAAUGAAUGUAAACAAGCAGCACAGAGCACAUGUUAGAGCCGCAGACCAAACUAAUAAAAAGACGACAGCAGAUGCUAAAGUCAACCAAAGGGAGGGCGGUAUGAUGAAUGGAGCGGUGAAGAGUGAAGGAAGUGCCUUGAAGAGAAGCCAUCUAACUGCUGAGGUAAGCAAACAGCAAAGCCUGCAUGUGUCAACAGCUGCUAAAAGAGGGGAGGUCAUCAGACCCUCUGUGGGGCCCCUGUCGCUGGGACACCUAUCACCACCAAUCAUCAAGCUGGAGCCCCUAGGUGUGAAGAAUAUGGGGUCAUGUGAUGAGGUGCAGUCCAUGGAGGUGAGCCCCGUUUCAAAGGAGGAACUGAUUUCAAUCCCAAAGUUCUCGCCAGUCAACGAAAUCCAGCACAGCAGCGUGAGCAACACCCGGGCUCUCGAAGACCUGAUCGACCUGACAGGCAGCGUCACCUAUCCCAAAAUGUCCUCUGAAGGCAACGUCGGCGACUGCAACAAGAACCUGAUUGAGGGUGUUGUUAGUCCCAUGGCGGACUCAAAGCUCAUUGGGAUGUCGUCUCCGUCCUCAAAUAAACUUAGCAUCCAGUAGUCCGUUAAUAAUCUCUCUCUGUUUCUCUCUCUCUCUCUCUCGCUUGCUUUCUCUCAUUUUCCUACUCUCUCUGUCACACAAUUUCACUCACGGGACGUCACAUUUUGAGUGUGUGUCACUACAUUUAUGGGAAUAGAGCCAUAGACAUUGACUUAAAAUAAACUGUAAACAACGACAUGCAAAAUAAAGAAAACAAAUAUUCUAUAUUCUAAUCACGUAGCAACUGACAAUUUGAAAGUAUGUGUGAAAGAUUUUGUUUAAUAGUGCGUUUGCUGGAUGAGCACAUGUGACAGAGGGUCAGGGAGAGAAGCUGUGUCUGGACUUGUGAAAUAAUUAUGAAAAAAGACAGGGUUUUAAAUAUUAUAGAUAUUUAGGAAAAACACACCAUUGCUAAUGUAUGGUAAGAAUCUCUAAUGUUCUCUGCACAGAUUCCUCACUGGGUCUUCAGUCUCAGUACAGGAGUACCAAAGCUCAGAGCAUUGACGACAGCGUUUAUACCUCUAACUUUCCACGUGCCCUCUUUAAGCCUUUAAAUCGAAUGCAAUGUUGCUGGGAAAGGCAUGACUAUUUCAUUUUCCUGUUAGCCUCAUUUUUAAUACUUCCAAAAUGUCUCUCCAAGGUUAUGUUGUUCGUGCAUGUGUUGAUGAUUGAUUUGCUGGAAUUUAAAGGAUUUAUCUGGCUAACUAGACUCCAGCAGGACUCCUUUACUCUUCCUAACCCAACAAGGUCUGACCGCGGGAUUGUUAUGAGAUGAUUUAUCCUUUUUUUAAUCUUUAACUGGGACUUUUCUAACUGCACGUAAGUGAGAAGGAUUAUUCCAAAGCUGUCGACUUGAAUAUUCGAACAUUGAGGAAAUCAGGCAUCAACACAAAUGAUGGCACAUACCUAUACUACAUCUUUGCUGCAGACUAGAGUGAACACUUGGACUCUAUUGUGAAUGUACAGUAAUUGCAUUCAUAAAAACGUAUUUAACGUCAGUGAUUCCAUGGAUUUCCAGCGAUGAAAAUAGUGACAGCUGAGCAGCUUCAUGUCAUUUAAAAAGUUUUCUGUAGGUGUGCCUUGCUAUGUAAAGGGUUUCCAAGGCACAGCGCUAAUGGAUGCAUUAAUCUAUUAGACAUACAGUAAAGUACAUAGAUUCCAAUCAAUAGAUAUCUGGCGGUUGAUGUGUAAGACUGAAGUGCUCUGUGGCAGGAAUGUUUGCCUAACAAUCAACUUGUAAGCGUGCCCUGUAGCUAUAAAGAUGCUGUUAAAGUUUUUUCCCCUCCAUCAUCUGUGUGGUCCUGUGUAGGAAUUAUCCAGCCGGCUCCUUUAACUACAUGUGAUUACAGUAGAGAUGCCUUGUGAGGGACCGAUUAGUUACUGUUUUUUUUUUGUGCAAACCAUUUUACAGUCUUCUGACUGUGUAUCUUUUCUGUUUAAGCUACUGGGAUUGUUGCGUGUGCGACCUGUACUUGAACCCUGGUUGGAAACGCUUAAUUAACCUGUGCCAUGCUGCAGAAAACAAUUAUACCAAUAGCGUAUACACAUUAUGAUGUCAUUAUAAAGGGGCAUUUAGAUUUGUGUUCCUCAGACAAUACAUCAUCUGGAAAAACAGGUGAUUUAAUCUUCUUAAAUUAAAUUGCGUUAUAUAUAUAUGUUGCAUACAAUAUUUGAAAGGGAGGAUUGGCUGUUUAUUUGCAUAUUCAAACACUGCUGUUUCACAUUGACUUAAGUUAUGCUUUUUUUUUUUUAAAGGGGACUAAUUUGAAAGAAAAGCAAAUGAGUAUAAAUAAAUGUUACAGUAUAUACAACCACCUCAAAAAGUAUUCAACUUUGCUCACGCCCAUAUUUCAGAACAGUCUUUCACAGUCAGCUUAACUAUUUAAAUUAUGUAAUUAGACUUUGUGCAUGGUUAGCAUGGUCAUAACAAUGUCAUCCGAAACAAUAAAAUGUGAAAUUGGGAA